AUGAAUGACAAAGACGAGUGGAAGCAACACGGUUGGUACGCCUUCAAGAUUUUCACGAACACGCCUGAGACGUACACGAAAGCGAGGGACGCUUGCGUCAAGGAAGGAGCGACACUUGGGAUCUUUAAGGACCAAGACACUCACGAUUUCGUCGUUUCCCUCAGAAAUCUGCAGGCACCAGACAAGAGAGUUUGGAUCGGUUUGAACGACAUAGAAAACGAGGGCAGUUUUGUUUGGGAAGACGGGAGUCCUCUGGGUGAGUUCAGCGCAUGGAUUCCGGGGCAGCCGAACAACAAAAAGAACGAUGACUGUGUCAAGAUAAGACCUAAUACAGGUUCCAUCCCGAACCAGUGGAACGAUUGGCCUUGCACCAAAGCGGAUGGUUAUGUCUGUCAGAAACUACUUUCCAGUUUGCCCCAAGUGGAGGUCGUCGGUUCGUCGGGAAGUUCUUGGGCCGAUGACGCGGCCGGUUACAGUGCCGACAGGACAGCAGACGGCAACCACCUUACACACUGGCGUCCUAUGGGCUCCGGUCAACACUACAACAACUGGUACAUAGUUUACGACACGGGAAAGACAAACAGCACAGUCACCAAGUUUAGCCUGACCAACUAUGGAGACACCGUGCAUGACGUCAGCGCCUUCACGCUGCAGACGUCAUCAACCUGUGGGCUGUACGGAUGGAGUGACGUCAUCACGGUCGAUGACGUGGCAGCAGGGACGCGGCAACCCCAGGAGUUCGGCGGGUUCGCCGAGUCGGCCCGAUACUGGAGGUUGCUCGUCACGGGGACCCACUCGGGAUGGCCACCCUUCCUGAGAGAGGCGGGCUUUCCAGAACUCUUGGACACCCCCUCGAUGCCUGUCUACCAGACGUGCCAGGUCGUCUCUACAGAGAGUGGAGGGGAGAUACGGAACCCGCAGCACCCGAAGCCGUCCUCCGUGUCCUGUGAGGCGCUAGUGAAUGCCGGCAGAGGGAAGCGUGUGGAGCUGACGUUCCGGGAUCCCUUCUCCGUGGAACCGCAGGCGGACUGCAGAUUUGACUACGUGGAGUUAUUUGACUAUGUGGAUGAAGCGUGGGAAAGUCUGGGGAAGUUUUGCGGGCGCACCAGACCUCGUGCGACCAUCAGCUCGACCGGAAGCGCCGUCAAAGUCGUCUUCCACGCAGACGACAGCAUCGCAUCUUUGUUCUCUGUUGCUUGGCAACCGAAAGUAAACACAAGAACAGAGACAGAAUGCAGCACCCCCUAUGUACCAGGUGUCAAUGUCGCCCAGGAGAAGACAGCGCACCAAACAAGCACUUCUGGGCCAGGGGUCGCCAGCCGUGCCGUGGACGGGAGCACACGCACCAGUUACUCAGACGGUUCCUGUACGCAUACAGACCAGGAGGACAACCCCGCAUGGUGGGUGGACCUCGGGCAAUCGUAUACGGUUCAAAGACUUGCCUGGAAAGCAGGUCUUGUCUGA